AUGCACACCUAUGUUGGUUGGUACCAGUCUGAGUACCUCGCUCUCGAGACUUGCGCAGCGGGGAGUGCAAUCAGCACUGCUGCAAGUUUUUCAGCAAAUUUGGUGGUCGCUGUGUCCUUCCUCACCGAACUCGAACAGAUGACUCCCAGCGGGGCAUACGGCCAUUACCUUGGCUUCAUCAUCGUGGGCCUUACACUUGCUUACUUCUGCUAUCCCGAGACUGAAGGCUUAUCGGUUGACGAAGCCUUCACCCUCUUUGACGAAGACUUUGGUGUCAAAAAAUCCAAAGAGAUGCGACGGAAGAAGAUCCAAAUGCAGGAUAACUACAACAUUGAAGGUCUGGAAACCGUGAAUGGAGAGAUGGACAAAAGCGAAGCAUUUCAUCAGGAGACCGUUGACCCAGUGAAAUUGAAUGGGACAGAGUAUAAGGCUUCGGGCUGA